AUAUAUGAGUGUUUACUUACACUUCCGCAUCGGCGUUGCACCCCACUGACGCUCUUUUGAAAUCAAGCUUUGUGGACUGGGUUUAAAGAUCUGAUCACAGGUGUUAAAGUUAAACUACUGACAAAGUGAUUUACAGAAAGAUGCAGGCUUUAAGGUAAGAUUAGGACCUGUGGAAAUACUCGAGCCGUUUUAGGAAAAAAAUAGUUUAAGAUUAGUUUUACUCAAGUUACAUAAAAUAACUUUUUUCUCAAAUUAGAGGCUGUAUUAUCACUUUAACAGUUAUCUCUUACUGAUAUGAGAGUUUAUUUGAUUUUUUUAAUAGAUAUUUGAACGAGUUUCUGCUUUGUCAUUGAUCUUUACACACCCCUUUAGCUGCUUGACUCACAUAUUUCUCAAUAUCCCAGAAAUGUGUUCCGGGGUGCCUGGUCGUCUGCUGAGAAGCUGGAUGGUAAAACUGUGAUCAUCACUGGAGCCAACACCGGGAUUGGCAAAGAGACAGCCAUAGACUUGGCUAAAAGAGGUUUGGGGCUAGAUUCAUGGUUUGGCUCAGUGUUUUUUGGAGUUUUAUGGCUCAAAGUCACCCGAAACGCUCAGAAGAAAUAAUAAAAGUGUUUGAUUUCCAGUUCCCUUAAAGCAAAGUUGACUUCUUUGAUUCAGUUAACGGCCAUCUAAGGGUCCAAAACCUCCAAAAGCAUGUGUUUGACAUGGAAAAAAAGACAUAUUUAACAUGUUUAAACCAAAAGUAGGUUUAUUUAUGUAUUUAUCAGCUUGAAAAAAGCCAAAACUGAUGAGUCAGUCAUCAUUUUUUUGCUUUAUCAUGAUUACAUGCAUCAUGAAUACCACUGUUUGUUUUCUGGUUUCACAAGUCUUUAGUGGGAGGGGCAAUAUUUCUCACUAUCAUGAUGAUAUAAUUCUUCUAUUUUUGUAAUAAUGACAAAGUGUCUCAUAAUGACGAAUGAAACAAAAAUCUGUCAGGCAUUUCUGGAUAUUUACUUACAGGUUGGUUCAGUACAUUACCUGAAGCUGAGCAAAUCUUCUAUACAACACAACAGCUUUUAUUUACCUUUAAUGCAUUUUUAUGGCGUCUUCUUUAACAAAUAUUUAUCCAGCUUCCUUAUGCUUAUGUUAGUUUGGUAAUCCCCCCAUAUUAAACUCAGUACUUUAAUUUAGUCAUGAGGGGGUGCUCUUUACCUUUUUUUUUUCAUCCAUGAAUGAGUGAACACAAAACACCUGGAUGUUUAUUCAGAUAUUGCUGAUGCUGUUUUACUUUAAUACGGUUUUAUUUAUUUUUCAUAGGGGCGAGGAUCAUCAUGGCGUGCCGGAGCGCAGAGAGAGGACAGGCAGCUGUGACAGAAGUCAUCGAGGGCUCAGGAAACCAGAAUGUGGUUUACAUGAAACUCGACUUGGCAGACAGCAAGUCGAUCAGAGAGUUUGCUGAAGCCGUCAACAAAGGUUUGAUGUGUUACUGAAAAAAAAACCUCACUUAAAAGGGUUUUUAAAGUGACUGUAUUUCACCCCUUGCUGUUUGUUUUUAAUUAUUCUUAUUUUCAUAGAUGAGCCAAAACUGAACAUCCUCAUUAACAACGCUGGAGUGAUGGUUUGUCCUUAUGGGAAGACAGCAGAUGGAUUUGAGAUGCAGAUUGGAGUCAAUCACAUGGGUACAUAAAGCUUUGCCUAGUCUUACAUUUCAUUCUUUUAAUAUUUCUGUCCUAUUUGACGGAUUGAAAUUUUAUUUUGUUAAGUGAAACAGAUUUGUAACUUUUACUUUUGACUUGAACUGACAUUCAUUGAGCCAGAGUGGCUCUGAGUCUGUUCUGCAGUGUACAGGCACUGAUGUACCAAACACAUCUUGAUGUGGGAGCUAUUCUGGCAUCACAAUUAUUCACAUACAUUUACUGUCAGAUAAUAUCCAGCAGUUCACUCAGACAAAGAAUUACAAAGAAAAAGGCUGUUACUAAAAAAAUAUAUAUUUUUUUGCCAAUAACAUGUCGACUGAAGAUCUACAGGACUUUGAAAACAGAACACACCCUGAUACCUAAAUGUAACCGUCACUAGAGGGCAGACAUGUUUUUCUUUCUCAAUGCAGCAAGUGACUUUUAUUUAGACUAUUAAUCCUAGUUGAUCUUUUUUGUUGCCUCAAUAAAACCAAACUGCAUUUUUAAUAGAUUUAUACAACAGGUUGUUGGAUAAAAUAAGUCCAUUGUUUUGGAUGUCACUCUGCUUUUUGUAAGUAACGUAUUUAAAUCCAAACAAAAUGUGACUGUAUCUAGACUUGUAACUAUAAUAGCUCUAAAUGAGAGUAGUAAUAUAUCUCAAAAUAUAGUUUUUCGUGGGUUUUUGUUUUGUUUUUUUGUUGUUUUUUUGUUGUUUUGUUUUUUGCCCCACUUCACAUCUGGUGGGAUAAGAGCUCAGUAUAUCAGAAUUAUUUCCCCACUUGAGUUUGCAGACCAAAGUUAAAAGACAUUUUAAAGUUUUUCUUUAAAUCACACUUAAUUGUUCUCCUAGUUUUAUUUUUUUUAAAAUAGUUUCUUUCAUUUUAAGAUGAUAUUUCAAAAAGAAAUUUGUUUAUUUUUCCUCAGGUCACUUCCUGUUGACGUAUCUGUUGAUUGACCUGAUCAAAAAAUCUGCACCGGCCAGGAUCAUCAAUGUGUCCUCCAUGGCUCACAGCUGGGGCUCCAUCAAACUGGACGACAUCAACAGUGAGAAGAGUUACGACAAGAAAGCGGCGUACUCUCAGAGCAAGCUGGCCAAUGUCCUCUUCACCCGCUCAUUGGCCAAGAGACUUGAUGGUAAAUUUUAUACCUUUAUCUCUGUCAUUUCUGCUUGUUAGUUCAGACAGAUGUUUUUUUUUAUGUUGUACAGAGGCAGUAAUCUGUAUCUACUUGCCUUUCAGGCACAGGUGUGACAGCGUAUUCCCUCCAUCCUGGAGUCGUCCAGACAGAUUUGUGGCGCCACCUGAACGGCCCUCAGCAGUUCAUCAUGAAGAUGGUCAGUCCGUUCACCAAAAACUCAACUCAGGGAGCUCAGACGUCCAUUUACUGUGCAGUGGAGCCGUCACUGGAGAAAGAGAGCGGUGGAUACUACAGGUACACCAAACAUUUACACAUCAAACAUCAUUUGAUAUCAUUGAGGAAGUCCAAAAACAAGUACCACUGACUCAUUAAUGACUUAGUAAUUGGGUUUAAUCAGUUACAAUCACUGUCCUUGUGUGCAAUAAGGAUAUUGACGUUGACAUUGACCUACUUACCUUUUCAUUUCCUUGAGGGAACCUUUCCAAAAGGAUCAAUGAAGUUGUAUGUAAUCUAACCUACAGCAGUAAAACUUUUAGAGGUGAUACCUGUACAAGAUUUAUGGUGGUAUUGGUCUAGACUUAUUCUAGUACCAACUGGCCACAGUUUCUAGGGCUCUGAAAUAACUGCUGAAUGUCUCAGUUGUGUAAUCCAGGUCCAUGUGUGGGUUUUCAGUUGGGUUGUGACAGCCUCCAUCUUAUGAAACUUAAACAUGGAAGGAACUUGUGAAAGGGGGUUAUGGUGGCAGUUUUAGGAACUCUCAUCAAACAUCAAAAAACUCAUCGUGGGAGCUUUAAGUUCAGCUGAAUUUAAAAUUAUAUUUUAAAUAGUAAGGACAUCUACUGAUGGAGAACCUGGACCCAUAAACUCUCUGAUUCUGUGUUUGUUUGCAGCGACUGUGCUCCAGCUAACUGCUCAGCAGCUGGAAAAGACGACGUUCUGGCGGAGAAGUUGUGGGAGCUGAGCUGCAGGAUGCUGUCGAUAACGUGGGAAUGAGGCAGCAUUGAUUUAAUAAACAAUUCUUUACUCAACUACCUGUUAUAUUUCUUGUAUGUGUUUAUUUUUAUUUUUCAAGAAAUGCUGUGGACUAUUUACACUAACAACAUCUUAAUAAGUAUACUGUAUACAGUGUUCUGUUUAAGAUAUUAUCACUUUGUCAUAAACUUUUCUGUUUUCUAACAACUCUCCUGAUGGUAUUUAAAUCAAAGUGAAAAAUAACUCAAAAAAUGAGUUAGACAGAAUUAUAAGUUUGUAAUAUUUCAUAUAUUUUUCUGUAUGUUCGGACAAUAAACUACUUUAUACAAUUGC